AGUCGUAAAACUCGGGAAAUCAGGAAUCCUCUCUCUAUCGAUCGGCUUCUUGGGUUCCCAUCUCCCCCCUCGUCGCGUCCAAACCCUAGCCCGCCUCCGCGGACCCCCAUCCCCGCUGCCUCCGGCGCUCCGCUUCCCCACGGCAGCGCGCGACCCCAACGCCCCCGUCGCGCCCCGCGCCUCCGUUUUCACCACUCGUCCGGGUGAGAUCCGGCGGAUGGAGCCCCCGGCGGCGAAGGAGGCGCCACCGCUGCCCCAGCCUGCGGCGGAGGAGGACGGGGUGCUCUCGGCGACUGCGUCCAUGGCGAGGGAGGCCGCCGUGAUGUUCCAGAACCACUGGUACGCCGACUGCGCCGAGGUGCUCGCGCAGCUUCUGCUUAAGAAGGAGGGCGAUCCCAAGGUCCUCCACAAUAUGGCCAUCACAGAAUCUUUCUUGGACGGUUGUCCUGAUCCAAAGAGGCUGCUUAAAAUUCUAGACGAUGUUAAGAAAAGAAGUAAAGAACUUGCAUGUGCCUCUAGAGAACAGGCUGAUUCUGCCAAUGGGAUAGGAAACAAUGCUUCUUCAGGAUCAAGAGGGAGUGGCAUUGUACCACCUUUUCCUGCUGCACAUAAUGCGUCAACCUAUGGGGAUGAGUUCGACACAACCAUAAUAACAUUCAACACAGCUGUCAUCCUUUAUCAUCUUCAUGACUAUGAAUCUGCCCUAUCUGUUUUGGACCCAUUGUACCGAAAUAUUGAACCAAUUGAUGAGACAACUGCUCUUAAUGUAUGCUUUCUUUUAUUGGAUAUUGCAUUAGCUUUGCAAGAUGCAACAAAAGCUGCGGAUAUAAUUCAGUACUUGGAAAGGUCAUUUGGAGUAGCUAACACAAUGAACCAGAAUGAAAAUGCUAUCAUAGCUCAGCAGCAAUCAGCUCAACCAAAGCCUCCUGCAAAAAGCAACACGCCUCCAGAUUCUGAUUCAAAUGCUUAUGCUGGUGGAUGUGAGAACCUUUCGGUGGGAAGUUUCUCCGAUGAUACACUGGAAUUCGAAUCUUUUUACUCUACUUUUGAUGGUGGACAUCAGAACUUGGGUAGGCCUAUCUUAAAUGAUUUCUCAAGGGCAUCUGCUGAUCUUGCUGCUACUGCUGCUGAUUUGAAAGUUAGAUUGCAAAUUUACAAGGUCCGGCUUCUACUGCUCACUAGGAACCUUAAGGUUGCGAAGCGAGAACUCAAAGUUCUAAUGAACAUGGCACGUGGUAGGGAUUCGUCAACAGAGAUUCUCUUGAAAUCUCAGCUGGAGUAUGCCCGGGGGAACUAUCGGAAGGCUGUGAAGCUAUUGAGCACACCGAAUAAUCGGACUGAACCAGCAAUGCUAGCCAUGUUCUACAACAACCUUGGAUGUAUACUACAGCAACAGAGAUCUAACCACACCUCUGUAUGGUGCUUUAGCAAAGCGCUGAAGUAUAGCUUAUCUCUUCAUUCAGAUAAACCAUUGAAGCUGUCUGCAUUAUCACAAGACAAGUCUUGUCUUAUUUCAUACAACUGUGGUAUCCAACAUUUGAUGUGUGGGAAACCUUUUUUAGCAGCUCGCUGUUUUCGUGAGGCCAUGCCGCUCUUCUACAAACGACCCCUUUUCUGGCUUCGUUUUUCUGAGUGUAGUCUGCUUGCUCUAGAAAAGGGCCUCCUGUGUGCAAACGGCGCUUCUUCGUGCAAUGAUGAGAUUGAAGUCAAUGUUGUGGGGUCAGGAAAAUGGCGGUACUUAAUUAUCAACCCAGUGAAUUCGAGAAGUAAUUCAGAUUCUGCAGGAGUGACUUCAGAUGAACACGGAAAUUUGGUAUCACUUGAAUUUGCUAGACAGUGUUUACACAAUGCCCAACUACUGUUGGAUGCUUCUGAGCAGGAAAAUCUGGUGCCUGCAUCUGGUACAGAGGAUUGCAACCAAGGGGCAGUACAAGGACAUAAAAGCUCAGGUCAGAAGAGCACUGCAAGUACAGAUUUGAAAAUUCCUGGUUCAUCUCUAACUAAUGCAAAUGGAGAACAAAAGGGAACGAGCUUGAAUGCCACCUUGCAGAGCUCUCUUGCUUUGUAUGACGACAUCUGUAGAAAAGAGAACCUCAAAAUUAGACAGGCCGUCCUGGGGAACUUGGCAUUUGUUGAAUUGUGUCGUGAGAAUCCCUUGAAAGCCUUGUCUUUUGCGAAGUCGCUACAGCAGCUGCCAGACUGCUCUAGGAUGUAUGUAUUCCUCAGCCAUGUAUACGCAGCCGAAGCUCUGUGUGCUCUGAAUAGACCAAAGGAUGCUGCUGAGCAGUUAUCAGUUUAUCUUAGAGAUGACAAUGAUAUUGAGUUGCCGUACAAUGUGGAGAACUGUGAAAAGGCCCUUGUUGAGAAAGACAGUGAUGGUGAAGACUCGGUUACCCCUGCACUCACAAAACCGACUUCAGAAGAAUCUCAGCACUCUGAGAGCCUCAAGCCCGAGGAAGCCCGAGGUGUUCUGUAUAUUGACCUUGGCAUGACUGCUGCAGUGCAGGGAGAACUUGAGCAGGCUAACUAUAUGGUGAGCCGUGGUCUUGCCAUGCUUCCCAACAACCCUAGGGCGGUGCUAGCGUCAGUUUACAUGGAUCUUCUGCAGGGAAAGUCCCAAGAGGCUAUCAUGAAGUUGAGACUGUGGAGAAAUGUGAGAUUUAGACCCAGUAGUGUAGCAGUCAGCAGCUGAGUUUAGAGGCUCCCUUUUAUGAUUUCUGUAGUUUACAAUUACCAUUACAUCUUUUUUGGACCCUGACCCCAUGUGGAUGAUCAUCAAAGAUCGUGUUCCUUCUGUGUACCAUACAUAAGAAAUGAACUGUAGAUCUCCCUACUUUCCCCUCUUUUAGCUUCCCAGAUUCAGGGGUGUAAUGUGUUGGAAUUAUAUCAUUUUAAUUUGCCGCUCUUUGGAUUGAAGAGAGGUGACCUGAUAAAAUAGUUUCCUAUAUUCGUUUAUUCAGGAAUCAGGAAACAAUGUGCAAAAAGUUGUGUACGUUUUUGCGGUGCACCAUGUUACCCUAAAACUUAUCUCACUUGCCUACAGCUGCUUGUCUGCAGGGUAAUAAACAGAUAAAGCGACCCAGUGGUGGUUGUGUA